UAGGGACUUUGAGAAACCAACAGCCCAGGUUUAUUAUAAGCGCUUCGCAGAGCAAAAGAACGUGUGCGUGGAAUGGAAACAAGUGAGAUCCAAAGUUAGGAAUAUGCGGGUGUCUUAUAAUAAAGCAAAAGCAUGGGAAGGUUCGACUGGAGCGGGAAGCAUGGAAGGUGAAACAGUAAAAGCAACUUUAUUGAAAAUGUGCUGUUAUUAUGAUGAGCUGGAUGAUAUAUUUGGUUCCAAAAUUAUUGAAACAGCAGUAAUAGAAGAAAGUUUAGAUGAAGAAUCUGAUGGAAGUUUUCUAAAUUCCACAGAAAUAUAUGUGGACGACACCACCACUGCAUCAGAUAGCUCCUUACCAGAGACUAAGCAGUCAUGCAGCCGUAAAGGCAUUUAUUCCCGAACUGCAGUGUCAGAUAUUAUGAAAAUGCAGACGGAAAUUAUGGUUUUAAAAAAGAAAAAAUGGAACACGAAAAAGAAAUCAAGGAAAGGGAAAUCGCUAUCAGAGAAAAAGAGAUCAAGAUAAAGGAAAGGGAAUUGGAAUUAAAGAUGAAAG